AUGACCGAAAAAAGACGAAACAAUGGGCGCGCCCAAAAAGGCCGAGGCCACGUGCAGCCGAUUUGCAGCACGAACAGCGCCCGGUGCCUGUCCAAGGACAAGGCCAUUCAGAAGUUCAUCAUUCGGAACAUUGUGGAGGCCGCUGCUGUCAGGGACAUAUCUGAAGCGAGCGUCUUAGAUGCUUAUGUGCUUCCCAAACUCUAUGUCAAGCUGCAUUGCUGUGUGAGCUGUGCUAUUCAUAGCAAAGUAGUCAGGAAUCGAUCUCGUGAAGCCCGGAAGGACCGAACACCCCCACCACGAUGUAGACUUGCUGGUGCUGCAACACGACCUCCACCAAAGCCCAUGUAA